CCCGGUUCGCCCUCCCCUCCCCUCCCCUCCCCAUCGCUUACGCCACGCCUCAAUCAACCCGCCGCCGCUGCGGCGCCCGUCCAUGCACUCCUCCCCUCAGAAUUGACCCCACCCGAGCGACCCCCCAUCCGCGCGCCGCCCCUCCCCCAUGGAUCGCACCAUCAGCAGCAGCGGCGGCGGCAGCGCCACCACGGCGGCAAGCCAGAACCCGCACCUCGGCGUCAACAAGCUCGGCCGCAGCAUCCGCAAGGCCACGCCGCCGCCGCCCCCGCAGCAGCAGCAGCCCGCCGCCCGCCCGCCGCAGCCCCAGCCGCAGGUCUACAACAUCAGCAAGAACCAGUUCCGCGACAUCGUCCAGCAGCUCACCGCCGGCACCCCGUCCCCGCCCCCGCCGCCGAUGCAGCCCCAGCCCCAGUACCAGCACCAGCUCCACCGCCCGCCGCCGCCGCAGUCGCAGCCCAAGCCGCCCUCCAUGCGCCUCCAGAGGAUCCGCCCGCCCCCAAUCGCCACCCCCGUCGCGCGGCCCCCGCCCGUCCACCCCAACCACCACGCCGUGCCCCCCAACCCUAAUCACAGCAACCCCGUCUUCCACCGCCCGCCGCCGCAGCAGCCCCAGCCCCAGCCGCAGCACAUGCCCGCGCCCGGCCCGGCCUGGGCCGACUCCCCGGUCUCCGCGUACAUGCGCAUCCUUGAGAACUCCCUCUUCAGCGCAACCCCGCCGGGCGCUGCGGCAGCCGCAGCGGCUGCCGCGGCCGCUGCGGCUGCAGCUGGGGGACAUGCGCCUCCGCCGGCACACGCUCACCCCCAGCCUCCGCAUCCUCACCCCCCGCCUCCGCAUCCUCAUCCCCCGCCUCCGCCGCCCGUGCCCUCUCCCGGGAUACUCCCUUCCCCGAGCGGCUUUCUCAACCUGCUCUCGCCGACGCCCAGGUCGCCCUACCCGCUACUCUCGCCAGGGUUUCAGCACCAGCCGCCGCUCACGCCCAACUUCCCCGCGCUCUCGCCGCUUCCGGGGACGGGCAUCCUUGGGCCAGGGCCCAUGCCGCCGCCGUCGCCGGGGCUCUGGUUCCCGCAGUCGCCGUCAGGGCUCCUUUCGCCAUCGGGGUUUAUGCCGAUCCUCAGCCCAAGGUGGAGAGAUAUGUAGCAAGGGUGCCUUCUCUGCAGCAGCUGCCCCUGUGAAGCAAGGCGGCCGUGUAACAUUUGACGGUAGGGACAUAGCCACGGUGAGAUCAGUUGGUUCGUCGGCCCGAGUUGGCUGGAGGAAGACACAGGUGGGUUGU